AUGGAGCCGCCAGCUGCAGCGUGGGUACCUUUGGACCUUCAACGGUCGAACUGGACCAUGGAAUAUGCAGGAUGGGCUCCUGGCUACCCUGUGGAGUCAGAGUCCACUGAGACAUUUGAUAGAAGCUGGCUCCAAACAUCUAGCGGACGGCAGAUGGUUGAGCAUGCUGCAGCCACAGAUGAGGAUUCCAUUGACAAAGCAGCACAAGAGUUUGAGGCUUAUUUUCAAAAUAUGGGAGUGAAGGUCCCAAUCAAUCCGAUUCAUGUGUUUGAGGAUGCAGCACGUGAGUUCAAGGUUGAUAUCGACAUGAUGAAGAUGAAGAUCCAUAUGUACCCUCCAAGCAUCAAAGAUUUUGAUAACAAAUUCUUUACCGUCCCGAGGUUGGUGGCCAUUGGGCCUUACCACCAUGGCCAGAACCAGCUCAAGCAGGCGGAGAAAGCGAAGUAUGUGGCUGCCUACCACUGCAUCAUGGAGUCGGGCCACUCAGUACAAGACAUCCUAUACGACAAGGAUGUGAUGGCAGGCAUCAGCGAAGACGACUUCCUUCAUAUGAUGUUCUAUGAUGCUUGUUUCUUGGUGCAGUACUUUGCUUGUACCACGGAUGGUUGUGGCACCAUGGACCCAUCGUUGCGUGGCUUCUUCGACUUCAACCGCAAGGCAAUCCGCCAUGACAUCGUGCUGCUCCAGAACCAGAUCCCCUGUGCCAUUGAACUAGCUGAAAACGGCAUCAAGCUCAAAGCCAAUGAAGAAACAACGGAGCUCAUCCACAUGGGCGUCAACAAGAGAGGGAUCUUCGCCGAGCUCUCCAUGGCGCCGCUGUCGCUGGACGACGAACGUGCCAGCUUCCUCAUCAACAUGGCGGCUCUCGAGCUGUGCACGACCUCCAAUUUCCAGGAUGCUGAGCCCGAAGACUCUGCCGUCUGCUCGGAGGAGGACGUGCAGGAGCUGCGGACAAAGCAUCUCCUGCAAGGAGGAGCAGGGCUGAUCAACAAGGACGCUCUUGCAUUCUUCACGAGACUUCAGAGCCUGCCCCUACGUGGAUCCAACUGCUAUGUCCGCAUCAUGAUGGAGAUUGAGAAGUACAAGGUCAAUAGGCGGAUGCAGAUCAAGGUCCAAGCGUUUUUUUACAAGAACAAGAGAACCAUCUUCGCAAUAUUCUCCGUAGUUGGUGUACUUGUCAGUAUCUUAGGCACACUCAUGUCUCUCAAAAAGCGUUCUACGGUUUAG